CUUUGACCUGUACACAGCAGUAUAAAAAAGAUGAAAGUCAAUCAGAAGAAGAAAAAGAUUACAGAAAUCUGAAUGCCUCCCCACCUUACAAAGGCCUUCUAAUGUCACUACAGAAUCAACUCAAGGAAUCAAACUCCAAGAUUGAUGCACUUUUAAGUGAAAAGCUGAACCUCCAAAAAGAUUUAGAAAGCAGACCCACACAACAUGAAUUAAGACUUUAUAAACAGCAAGUGAAGAAACUGGAGAAAGCCCUCAAGAAAAACAUAAAAUUACAGGAACUUAUCAGUCAUACAAAAACUGAGGACACAGAAAAAAAAGAUGAACCCAGCAAAGAAAAUCAUCAACAGGUUCUAGUUGACCAGAGAUACUUUCAGGUAUUGAAUAGCUGA